CUCCGGGGCCGCGCUCCACUCUUUUGUUUUAGGGCUGGUGAGGGAAAAGUGCGUGAAGGAGUGAGAGCGAGCCGAGGCUAACCGUGUUGAUGUUGUGGCUGGGGAGCUAGCAUUGUCGAUGACGUUCUAACUUUCGUUGUUGUUGCCUUCGCUGGUGUAUCUUGCUAACAUCGAUGUUAGCAACUAGCCUGUCCGUGUAAAUGUUAUUCACUAGAAUGGACCUGUUGAACUCUCAGUUCCUGGACAAGAUGAACAAUAACAUCGGGAGAUUGCACUACGAAGAUGAGUCCAGGACACCUUCCCAGCCCACUAUGUCCAAGAUAACUGGGCCUCCUCCACACUGCCCAAGCAAACGGAAGUAUGGCGAAGAACAAAUGGACGACCGAAUCGACUGUGACGAUGACCACAUGACCAAAAUGAGCAGAUUGUUUGCCACUCAACUGGCCCGUCCCUCUGCUGGAGACAAUCGUAAUGAGCACUGGAGCCUGGGACAUUCUCCUUCGGAGCACAUAACCUCCGCCACCAACGGUCUCCACGGGAACCAUCUGUACGCCUCCAUUUCUAGCUACGCUGUAGACCAGCCUCUGGCACUGACCAAAAGCAGCCAGGACAUCGUCGUCGGGCCCAGAGAGAGGUCCGUCAUCAGUGGGACUGUGGAGCGGCAGCAGAAUCGUCCCUCCGUUAUCACCUGUGCCCCCGGAGGCAACCGCAAUUGUAACCUGUCGCACUGCCACAUGAACGGCUGUUCCCCCGGCCCACCCACAAAUCUGAUGAAGACCAAUGCUAACACAGAAUGUGACCCCGUCAUCGAGGAGCACUUCCGCCGCAGCCUCGGAAAGAACUACAAAGAAGCCGAGGCCGUGUCCAACCUGGUGUCCAUCACUGGCUCGGUGGACGACCACUUCGCCAAGGCGCUGGGAGACGCCUGGCUCCAGAUCAAGGCUAAGGACGGCGGUCAUCGAACCCCCGAGGCAGAUCAGUGAAGCCGAGGGGGAGUAAACGUUCGCUUCCUUCUAAAGUUUGCCUAUGAGAGUGGAGAUCAGACCCGCUGUCAUUCCUUGCCAAGCAUUUACUUCCCUCAGCCUUGAACAAUGUUUUAUAUGGUGCUCGCGCGGUGUUCCCUUGAGGACCUCAAGGUCGACCUUUUCAGAACACUCGGCUUAACUAAAACCCUCAUUUCAGUGGUCGUAUACACACAGGAAAUUAGGACUCCUGCAAUCAACCCAGUCCAACGCGCUGCGAGCACUGCAUCAAAUAGGCAGCGUCUUUCUAUCCACAGAGAGGAGAGAGUUGGGUCGACACGACUAUUGGUCUGUACAAUCAGAGACGAGAUCUCGCUGUGAUUGUGAGAGCCACAGAGCGUUCAGGAGUCCAUCGACCUGCCUGCCUUGAUAGCCAAAGAAAUGCCCGGCCUCUCCCCUUCAUCAUAUAAGCCAUAGCCCCGGUCUGUAUUGUCUUUCAUUCUAAAAUCACACUUCUUUAGAAGAACAAAAAAAAAAACCUAUUACUUGAAAAGGAACCAUGUCGCUUUUGCUCCUUUGCCUUUUCUGGCAUUUGAGGUGGUAGCAGGUUAAUUGUUGUACAAUGCCCCCCCCCUUCAGAUUCUAACUGGACUUAUCCACUGUUAACUGAAUUCUUUUAGUUUCCUAUUUUAUAUGCUCACUGUGGCUGAUUACUUAGUAAACUAAUAUCAAUCAUAGUAGACUUGUCUAACUAGAAAGCAUGUUUCAAAUAGCUGGUUUCUAUUACAAACCUUAUUCUAUGCUAUAUAUUUACUCAGAAUUUAUUUUUUAUCAGUAACAUUUUAGAAAUACUCACUGCUGGUACAGUUGUACUCAAUAUAUUUUUUUGUAUCUGGUUUCCAUUACUCUAUGUAGGUGUAUAUCACCCAUCUGCAAAUCCCAGCCUCUGGAAAGGCUGUCUCAAUGCAGUUUGAAGGGCCGUGUUGCUUCUUGUUCUGUGGACCUGGAUGUUCUAGCUUUCUACAAGGCCCAAUGCGGUCUGACCUUCGGUAGCAGUCUAUUAGCAGUGGUUUAUUUAUUCGGAACGCGUCGAUAGUUUUCAAGUUGGCUUUUGGCAAAACAGAAUUCUAACAUGAUUUAUUUCUUUUUUAACAAGAACCACGGAUUAUUUCUCUGCUGCUUCAAUGACGGAGCAGUUAAUUUCCCUCACAAAUGACAUUCAAACUCACCUGAAAUACGGGUGUCCUUAUUUCACAAAUCGGGCGUCAACAUUCCACUGCAAUUGUCUGACACUUUGGGGUCACAUUGAGUACGAGUUUGGUCCUGUUUUUUAAACGAGGUGAUGUCAUGGCGCGAGCUGCCGAAAUGUUCCUUGUGGUUCUGGAGAAAAGUAUCUUGUGCAGUUAAGUCUUGCUCAAAUGAAUUUCUUGCCCUUCUGACAGCCUCUACUUAUUGUAGCGUAACCUACUUGUCAUCACUGAUUGAGAUGUGGUAUUGAACAUAGAUUUCUUUUUUUUUUUGUCGACUAACUGUCAAUGAGAGCCUACAUUUGUAUUAAUAUCAUACAGUCUUUGUUACAUGCACCAUCCUGUCUUUAAUAUUUUACUCCUUUACUGACUAUCAUUGCGCCGCGCGGAAUGAAGAUUGAUCCUUUGUUUCUAUUCACAAUAGUUUGCUCGCAUUGUAGCAUGGUUGCUCAUUAUCGUCAAACCAUGCGUUGUUGUUUUUACUUUAAAUGUUUGUUUCUUUCUAAAACGUUGGUAUUUUCCCACAGUUGUCAGAUGAUGAGUAAGUGCAGGAACACAGCUGUCUUUUGAUCAAAGUUCUCGGUGCAGCGUCAAAGACUUCUGAACUAACGGAUUUGUUUAGUGUGAACUUUAGUGGAUUUUAGGGAUCAUCAUGGAAUCUGCUUGUUUGACACAAGUAGAUUUGUCAGUAAUGUUUGAGGUAUUAGUCUUUAUCGUUAUUUAAUUGCUAUAUUUAGGUCACCUGUAUCUCAAAGACUGUGUUUUUCAGAAAGGUCCUGCUUCAGGUGUCAUUCACUUAGAGAAAAAGUUUUCACUUUUGUCCUUAUUUCUCUGGAAGAAAAUGCCACUGUUUUGUACUCAAUUUCUUCCAAAUAAAUGAAACGCCUUUCA